AUGAUGGAAUCAGAAAUGAUGGAAAAGUCUGAAAUGAUGGAAAAGUUUGGUGAAUUUAAGGCUGCGUUUACACGGUAUGCUACAUUGCUGACACAGUCGUCCAUCGUUAGAGGGAAGAAAAUAAAAAGUAAAAGAAAGGCAAAAGGAAGUUGGUAUCUCGCUGACGAAGGAAGAUUACGAAAAGUUGCAAAUGCAUUUGGCGUUUCCAGAUCAACUGUAUCGUUGGCUAUUAGAAGAGUAUGUUUUGUAAUUUCCACCGUAUUAAGUCCUGAGUACAUCAGAUUACCUCAAACAGAACAUGAUGUAUUUGAAGCUGUCUCAAAUUUUUAUGAAAAACAUGGCUUUCCACAAUGUAUUGGUGCUGUAGAUGGCACUCAUAUCUUCAUUAAACAAACAGCCAACAAUGCAAGUGAUUUUAUCAAUAGGAAGCAUAGAUAUUCACUGAAUGUGCAAGAUAUUGCAGACUACAAGUAUUGUUUUCUAGAUGUUGUGGUCAAAUGGCUGGGGAGUGUGUAUGAUUCAAGGAUAUUUUGUAACUCAAAAGUAAAUGAGAUGUUAAAAGAAGGUUCAAUUCCCAGUUUGCCAAGAGUCUUAUUGCCAGGCACUGAACCUGUUGGAAUUUGCAUUCUUGGAGAUCCAGCAUAUCCUUUACUCCCUUAUUUGAUGAAGGAAUUUCCUGGUGGGGGCAAGACUGCACAGGAACAAUUUUUUGGAUGGCGACUUUGUUCAGCCAGAAUGAUUAUUGAAUGUGCCUUUUGA